GCGAUUCUGCCAGUAUCCCGACAUACUUUGAGAAAUUGGUCGGUUCUGCAACUGGGCCUGUUGAGCAGUUGUUGGAAGUUUUGUUGUUUAAAGUUAAUUUUAACUUUGUGUGGUGGGCGAUGGCGGGGAUUUUAUUUGAGGAUAUUUUUGAUGUGAAAGAUAUUGAUCCGGAGGGUAUAAAGUUUGACAGAGUUUCUCGCCUACACUGUGAGAGUGAAUCCUUUAAAAUGGACCUGAUACUUGAUGUAAACAUUCAGAUUUAUCCUGUUGAACUUGGUGACAAAUUUCGUCUGGUAAUAGCAAGUACUUUGUAUGAAGAUGGAACGCCAGAUGAUGGAGAAUAUAACCCCACAGAUGACCGGCCAUCUAGGGCAGACCAAUUUGAAUAUGUUAUGUAUGGAAAAGUUUAUCGAAUAGAAGGAGAUGAAAGCUCAACUGAAGCAGCCACCAGGCUGUCAGCUUAUGUAUCCUAUGGAGGUCUACUUAUGAGGCUUCAAGGUGAUGCAAAUAAUUUGCAUGGCUUUGAGGUGGAUUCCAGAGUGUAUCUGCUAAUGAAGAAACUUGCAUUCUAAGAUGAAAGGACAAGAAUGUAGAAAUCUUAAAUGUACUUAACUUAUCAAUGAAAUCAAAUUUGUUGAUUUUAGUCAACAAAUGAUUUAUCACACCAAAUCUCUAAAUGUCCUACAUUUCCAGUUCUCCUUGUUUCAAAGGAGAUGAUGUAGGAAAGUAACUAUUUAAAAUUAAUGAGUGGCCUUAAUAUUUCAAAUAACAGCAUUUUAAGUGGCCAUUUCAUGAAAAGUUAUACAUGUUUUGAUGUGUACAAAAUGGAAUUCUUUUGUACAAAAUGGAAUUCUUUAAACAGCAUCCAAAUAAAAAUGUUUCUUAUUUCAAGAGUAACAUAAAAUGCUGUUUAAUGCUAUGACGCUGAGAUUUAGGUUAACUGAUCAUGAAACUCUUUAAUUAAAGUCCACAUUUACAGAUCAUUCAAAACUAGCACAAAAGAACAAAAAGUAAGCAAAAGGGCUAAUGGAAUUCAAAAGUAAUGAAAUAAAUUUAAAAAAAAAAUUUUAAAAAUUCAAAAGUUCUACAUGGCCUUGGUCAUUCUCCAUCUGGAAUAUUGCAUUUAGUAUGGGUAUGUGUGGGGGGGGCAUCACCAUGGCAACGAGAUAACAACAUGCUGUUGUUUGUUCGGAGAGUCAGAAUCAGAGAAAGAGAGUGAGAGAGACACCCUGCCUGCUGGUCUCUGUAUCGAUGGAUGAAAAACAAUAACUGUGUCUGUCACUACAAUCCAUGUAUGGAUUUUUGGAAUAAUCCAGUGGAGUCCACUUUGUCGUUAACCUGUAGAAGGAAACAGGUAUUUGUGUGGACGGCUUUUUGAAUGCUUUUUGGGGUGGCAGAUACUUCGGAACAAAUGAAUGAAGAUCAUCAGUGAUUGAGGUGUCGUAUGAGUCCCAUCGUGGAACAGUUGGAUUUCGUAAUUACUCUCUGUUUUCUCUCUACAUUUUCUCUUUAGUUGGUGGUUUUGCAGAAGCCUUUGCUCACGUUUCACCUUAUGGCUUGCUGAACUCUGAGAAUCAUUCCUGAACUUGGAGUUUGGGAAUUUGCCACACACACACUUCGAGUUUAGUUUUGGCGUUAAUGUUUAAUAUCUAACUUUUUUAC